UCACAUCAGCAAACCUAUCUGGCUCCUUGGAAGCAAGAGUAAACACUGGCACUUUCACUGUAGCUCCGCUUUAUGGUUUCCAUGUUAUACAGUGAGGUCAGACGGCUCUGCGCACAAGGACUGCAGCCAUUUUUUUUUUUUUAAAGAAGUAGAGGUUAGAUCAGGUGUGUCUUAGUUUAACCAUUAAACUGAACUAAAGGAAGUUCCUCUGCUGAUCCCUCAAAUCAGUGAACAACAAUUGAGCCCCUGUGGCAUUCUGUUUUGCCUCUGUGAUAAUGUUGGAAAAGGUCUUAUUCCUGCUGUGUCUGACUCCUGCUCUGGCACAGGAGCCCUGUUUUCCAGGUUCUUCACAUGCCUACAAAGUAAGAAUAAGCAUCAAAACUGCUCUGGGGAAUCAAGCUUACGUUUGGAAUGAUAAUGAAAUGUACCUUUUCCGGGCGGCUAUGGCUUUUGCAUUGAGGAGUUACCAUAAUGGGCAGGAGUUUAAUGUGUCCAACAUAAUGGUGUGUAAUGAGACUCCCAGGGUGUCCUUCUGGUUUGUGGUGUCUUCACCUGAGAACUCGUCUGUCCUACUUAAAAAAGGGGAUGUGGAGAACGCUAUAAGGAAGUCCAGGAACCGCAUCAAUGGUGCCUUUCUCUUAACUGAUCAAACUCUAGAGUUUAUUGACAUCCCUCCCACCCUGGCGGCACCGGUCAUGCCCGUCACCCCUCCAUGGCUCAUUGUGUUUGGAGUGGUCAUGGGAGCUGUGGGCGCUGGCAUCAUCUUUCUUCUUGUGUCCUCUCUGGUGCAAAGCAAACGUAAGAAGAACAAGAAAACACUUGAUGAGGACCGUGAAGACAUGAGAGGAAUAGAAAAUGGCCUGGGAUGUGACAACCUGGGUGGUGUUUACAACACAACGUUCUCAGACGGUGACAAAUUCACACCAAUGUAAACCUCUUCCAAAAAGUUGCUCCAUAUAGACUUUUAUCACACAAUAUUUUGAUCAGAGGGAAAAUAAUUCCUAGUUGUUGGUUAUUUUAGUUUCACCCUUGAGUGAUGUAUUUUUUCCUUUUUGAGAGGUCAUUUAUCUGCUGCCUUUAAGAGAAACUAGCUCUUACUGCCACUACAGUAUCAUGUUCUAAAUAUAUCUAUACAUUUUCUGUGCAAUAGAUGAUAAAUUAAACAUCUGUGUGUGAGAGGGUACAGUAGCCUACAUCUGUGAUACUUUGAAAAGA